AUGCGCCACUUUCGGGUCUCUCCUCACACUGCUGCCAGGUCCAUACUGAUUCAUGGCCCCCUGCCUCUGUAUGGCCUUCAAUUUAAGCUGCUUACGCUUCGCCACUCUGCCAUGGGCCCCUGUACCGCCUCCUCUUGCUGCUGCCAGGUCUAGAGUGUGUCAUGGGUCCCUGUACGGCCUCCCAUUGCUGCUGACUUCAUCGCCAGACUCUGCCAUGUGCCACUUUCAGGUCUCCUUACACUGUUGGUGGGUUCCAUUUUGUGAUAGGGUGCUGUAUGGCCUUCCAUUGCUGCUGCCUCCACUGCCACCCUGCGCCAUGUGCCUC